UCACUUCUCUUUUGGUUUGUAUGGCGCUGUAUGGCAGAGGCAUAAUUUGCGACUGCGCAUAGUCGAAGAUCCAUCUAGUUACUCUUAUUAUUUCCAAAGAUACUGGCGAGACCAUUCUCUUUAACAUCCACUCAGAAUAGCGGAAAACGAGGAACCAGAUACUGGAAAACAGUUUUGUAGAGCUUACCAACAUGAUAUCAUCAAAAUGGUCCUGUACGGGAAGUGGAUCGGUACCAUCGUGGAUCACAACGCACUGAAAUACAUCUGCUUCAAUCACAUGAUCACUACCUACAUCCUGACGAGCACUGUCAUGUUUCUUAUGACCUUCCUCAACUUCUCAUCGCCACGCCUAGCAACAGUUGCCAUGUCCGCUCUCAUGUCUCUCUUCAUCGUCACGCUGUCCAUCAAGUUUGCCUACCAGAUGACGCAUAGUUUUAAAACCCACUUUGAGGUUCAAUGAUGGAUGUACAUGUAUAACUUGCCUGACAUAUCAACUAGACACUAAAUUUUACAUCUACCAGUAUUGACUAAAAUUCCAAGGAAGAUUCUAAAAAUUAUAAACUAGUUUGAGGAGAAAGUUGACAUUAGGGACAAAAAAGGUGUUUCAAGUACGUCACUGCAUGUUGUUCAAAGUAUGAUCUCUGUGGACUGGCAGAUGACGGAGACCAUCAUUGACAACGUAGGAGUCAAGCGCAUCUUCUUCAAUUACGCCAUCUCCUCGUGCCUCAUCUCCAUCUUCGUCCUCUUUCUGAUGUCCGUCAUCCACUCCACGCCCCGCCUCCCGCUGGGUGCCGUCUUGUCGCUCAUGACUCUGCUCAUGGUCAGCCUGGCAAUAGAGUGCGCUCAUCAGAUUGUGCUUUGGAGACUCCUGAGUCACGAUUCCCAGUCAUUGACAGAAAGACAGCACUUUGCUUAUGAUGUUCUAGGAAGCCCUUUGACAUAGUGUGGAAUUAUUUGUGGAUCUACAUUAUAUUGUUUUGUGUUUUAGUGAUCAAAGACUUCAUUAUAAUAGUUAAUACAGUAUAGUUCGUAUAUAUUCACCUGAAAUGUACAUUUAUACGAUUACCACCCGGUUUUUUAGCACGAAAAGCGUAACAGAACAAUUUUUUGCUGAACCCAGGUGCUUUCACUGUAAUCUAUGAACUUCUUGUGCCACUUUGAUAGGAGUAUGAUGUCAUAGCAACUCGAGCACAUUUGAAAAUUUCUUGCCAGUGAAACUAGCCUGCUAACAUUGAGCAUCAUCAUUCCAAAUCAAGAUUAAUUAUCAAAAUGGGGGACUACUUCAAUGAAAACCAACGCUCCAACUUCCUAGACUUCGAGAAGGUCCGGGAUGAGACCAAGAGCAUGGUGAUGGAGGGGACCAAGGAGUGCCCCGCCCAUGCAAUCAUCCUGUGUGCCUGGAACAACAUCCUUGGACCGCAUCUUCAGCAUAUCUGGCAGACAGAGGGUAAGCCAGAGAUGAGCCACGAGAUGAUCCACUAUCUCACCACACACACGCUCACAUCCAGUGACCAGCCUCAGUCUGCCAUAGAAACAAAGACACUCCUACUCCGAGACAAGGGACUGGUAAUCUCAACAUUCCUCUUCAGCGGGUGUGACCGUCAAGAGAAGACUGUCUUUGCCCUGUCCCUCAUCGUCCCCUACGGUCUCAAGUCCUGGUACCUUCCCCUAGAAGACUUCUGCGCUGCUCGUCUGACGGCCAUGAUCAGCAAACUAAGGGUGCUUCAGGACAAGCAGAAGUUUGAGGUUGAUCCUAUCCAGAUCCUAGAUGCAGAGAUUCCUAGUCUUUAUUGUGCCUUGGGUCUUCUCUUCAUGGCCCCCAUGCCUACGCAGGUCAAUCUAAAUGAUACCAUUUUUGCAGCCGGUCAGGGGAAGCAACUUGAUGUACAGUUCACAAGAAAGGCCAUAGCAUCACAUCUACAGACCUGUGGAUGUUCAGUCGUUUUAGGAAACAGCAAGGAAGAGGUCAACAUGAUGCUGAGCACAUUGAGCAUGUUUCUGACGCCAGACGAGAGGAAAUGUUCGGUGUAUCUCAAGGACGAGAAGCAAUCUGAAUACCAGAGAGAUCUACUACUACAAGGAUUCAUCAAGGAUAAGAUUAACCUCUCAGAUUAUGGACGUGACAUCAUGGCGAGCCGUUAUCCAACGACCCUCGUGGACAUGAGCGCCCUAGAAGUCAAGCAAACACUACCAUAUAAUGAACAUGAUUAUUGGAGACAUGAAGCCCUGACUUGGGAGCUGCAAUCACUGUGGUUGGACAGUCAAGAGACAUUGCCAGUAUUGAGGUUUUUGGGACUUGAAUCUGAAACUCUGAUAACAAACUUCUUGAAAGAGAUAUUCCUAUUGUACCCUCAAUGCGGAAUCCGUGAGGCCUACAUUGAGCAGUUCCGGAGGAUAUUGGACAGGAGAGCAAUUGCUCUGAUCAAAUAUGUGGAAUGCGAAACAGAUCGAGGCACCCAUCCCAGCAAAGUCACCCUCAGGAAGCUAAAAGAUGACCUUGACCUCAACCCAGAAGGCAACUUCCGCAUUGUCCUCUCCCGAGCUGAGAAGCUCCGUCCAGGAAUGAGUGCCCUUGUGUGUGGGCAUCCAGGUGCCAUCACAAAGGAUGGCGACUCCCUCCAGAUUGACUGACAUCAAAGUUGAGUGACCAGGGGGGUGUUUCACAAUGAUCCUAAGUUGAACUUCUCUCUAAGUUGGACUAACAAUUAUGGAAAGCCAUAAGCAUCCUUGAAAAUAUUUUG